AGAAAGCCAAAAUUACUGUAUUUCAUUUUGUUGAGAUAUAUGCAUAUGGAUUUUGGCGACGACGUCGUCCAAUCUUCAACUUCAUCUUCUUCACAACAACCUGAAAAUGUGCUAUCUCCCACUACUCCUCCAUUCAAGCACAAGAAAAGGGCUGGCCGGAAGAUAUUCAAGGAGACGCGCCACCCCGUCUACAAAGGAGUACGCCGGAAGAGCGAAGUCCGCGAGCCCAACAAGAAAUCAAGAAUAUGGCUCGGGACAUUCCCCGACCCGGAGACGGCAGCCAUCGCGCACGACGUGGCGGCACUAGCACUGCGUGGAGAGAACGCGCCUCUCAACUUCCCGGACUCGGCCCGUCUCCUCCCCCGGGCUCCAUCGUCCUCCCAUCAAGACAUUCAACGGGCCGCUCUCGAAGCUGCUAUGAGUUCGGGUGGGAAACCAUUGCUGGGGACUCAUCGGCAGGCUUUUGAUCAAACCCGUACUGUUUCUGUUGAAAACGGGACGGAGAGGGCUUCCGAAGGUAAUGAAUCGGGCCGGGUGGGGUUCGUGGACGAGGAGGCGAUGUUUAACAUGCCGGUUUUGCUGGAUAGCUUGGCGGAGGGAUUGCUUCUCACUCCAUUAGCUAUGUCGGAAGGAUUCAGCUGGAGCCGUGAUGAAGUUGAUGACGAUGUUGAGCUCCACCUCUGGGCUUGAACUAUGAUUUGAAUUAUUGUUUCACAUAAAUGACGAGUUACAUAAAAUUUGUCAUAAUUAUAA